UAGUGUCGUAUACUCUGACUCAUUUAAGGUGUUCUAUUCAGUAGAGUCGGUUCUAUAUUUAGAGCUUUAAGAAGUAGAAAAAUAAUAAACUGUGAGUAAUAUUAUUUGCGGUCCACGUUCAAGCAAGCAGGCGCAGUAGACUCGGGCUGAUCUUGUCAGUAUAGCACUGACUUCCAGAGAGUCUAGGACGUGAAUAUACAAACAACAUAGAAGUAUCAAGUAUGUGUUUUGUUUUAGAUUAUGCUUUUCCUUAUAUGGACCGGGGUGCUCAUCGCAGUUAUAUAUGUUUAUCUUCGACGAAUUUAUUCGAGAUUCACACCGUACGAUGUUAAGCAAUUUCCACCGUUGCUAUUCAUUGGCAACGUAUUACCUCUAAUCCUGCGCAAGAUGCACUUUGUAGAGGAUUUGUCACGUUAUUAUGAUAGCUUUCCUGAAGAAAGAUUUGUUGGUAAAUAUGAAUUCACAAAUCCCAUUAUAAUUGUGCGUGACAUGGAACUCAUUAAAAAGAUAACUAUUAAAGAUUUCGAUUACUUUCUGGAUCAUCGAGGAUUUACAGAUGAGAAGGUAGAGCCUGUAUUCGCAAGGAAUCUUUUUUCAUUGAGAGGUGAUGAAUGGAAGGAUAUGAGAUCAACUUUGAGUCCAGCUUUCACCAGCUCAAAGAUACGAGUGAUGGUGCCUUUUAUGGAGGAAGUGGGAAACCAAAUGAUGGCCGUGUUGAAAAAGCAAAUAAAAGCGAAUGGAGGCAAACCAGUUGAAAUAGACUCUAGGGACUUGACUCGCCGCUAUGCAAAUGACGUCAUUGCUACAUGUGCUUUUGGCCUUAAAGUGGAUUCGUACACCGAGGGUGAUACUAAAUUUUUCGAAAUGGGAAAAAAUGCUGCACAAUUUAAAAUGAGACAAAUGAUCAUGUUCUUUGCGUAUAGUGCGUUUCCCGCUCUUGUUAAGUUUAUGAAAAUGACGCUAUUUUCUAAAGAAACAACUUCAUUCUUCAGAAAUUUAGUAAUCGAUACAAUGAGAAACAGGGAAGCACACAAUAUACUACGACCUGACAUGAUACAUCUUCUGAUGGAAGCCAAGAAAGGGCAACUGAACCACGAUGAGAAGUCUAAAGAACGUGAUGCUGGCUUCGCAACUGUAGAGGAAUCUGCUGUUGGAAAGAGGCAUAUUAAUCGAACCUGGUCGGACAAUGAUCUAAUAGCUCAGGCUAUGCUUUUCUUCAUCGCCGGUUUUGAAGGUACAUCUGCCGCUAUGUCUUUUGCGUUACGAGAGUUGGCACUGCACAAAGAUAUCCAAGACCAGCUAGCUAAGGAUAUUCGAGAAGACUCCAAGAGAAACAAUGGAAAAAUUGACUAUAUGUCGAUUCAGGAUCUACCUUACUUAGAUAAGGUUGUUUCGGAGGUGUUAAGAUUAUGGACUCCGGGCUUCCAAUUAGACAGAAUCUGUACCAAACCUUACAAUUUAGGGAGGCCAAAUAAUAAUACUGACAAGGAAUAUAUUCUACAAAAAGGUGAACAGAUUAUAAUACCAGUAUGGUGUCUCCAUCGGAACCCUGAGUUCUUCCCAGACCCAGAGAAAUUUGAUCCAGAGCGAUUCGCUGAUGACAAGAAGGACCUCAUUAAGCCUAUGACAUAUAUGCCAUUUGGGGUUGGGCCCAGAAAUUGUAUCGGAUCACGAUUCGCGCUAUUGGAGAUUAAGAUGCUAAUCUAUCAGAUUCUGCUGCAUAUGGAAGUUCUGCCAUCAGAGAAAACUGUCUUGAACCCUGUUUUUUCAAAAGAUACAUUCAACCUCAACCUAGAGGGAGGGUUUUGGUUAAACUUUAAGAUUCGAGAGUAAACGUACACAAGUGAUAUACCCUAGCAUAAAAUCAUAUAUAAAGUGGGUUAAUGGUAAGGGGAAAAAUUAUAUAACAAGACAUCAUGUCAUACAUUAAAUAAGAAUACUAUGUUUAUAAAACUUGACGACGUGUCCGGUAAAGAAACUGGGCUAACCAGCUACUUUUACUCCUAACUACCGUAUACCUAGGUACCAAGUACAUCAGAGUGAGAGGACAUGACGACAGUUUAUUAAUAUAAUAGCUAAUAUUCACAUACCUAUUUGAUAUGAUAUAUUGGAUUCCAAUUAAAUUCUAUAAUUAUGUUA